AUGGCAAAGAAAGGAAGGAUGGAAGAGAUAUAUUUAAUGGCAGCCUAUCUGGUAUCAUCGUCCAUGAUUAAGCUAGCAACAAUUCGCAAGUGUAAGCUUUCGGCAACGUUACUGCUACGUUUAAAAAGUAAGCAGAGCGGUUUGGUGACAAUUCAAAUGACGCAACAUCCAAUCUCCACUUGUCCGUGGUGCGAUUUUGUUGGUUUCUUUGCACUAACAAUAAAAAAUCGGAAACUGGAAGAACUACUGAACGAGAGUGACGGAAUGCUGCCCAAAGUUUAUUUGUCUCGAACAGAUAGGCCUUCAUUGCUGGAACCAGUCAAGCUGUACGACGCACGUGUGUUACCGUACGGACCGCGAAAGCAUAAGCUGGCCUUCUGGAUAGCUCAGGGUGUAACAAAGUUUUACAUAUACGUUCAUUCGAUGGCACCUGAAGUGAAUGCAUUAUUGUGGGUUUAUGAGAAAUCUGCCGAAGUGGAUGUCGAGCGUGUCAACUGGGCGCCGCUGCCAACGACAGGUGACAUUCUGGACGAUAACGAUCCCAAUUUAAGGAUUUAUAGGACAGAGGUUGUUACCUCGAUCAAUGACUGCGUACUGCGAAGUCGUGGUCAUACAAGAUAUUUGGUCUCAUCAGAUCUCGAUGAAAUCAUUGUUGCUCGCAAGGAGGCUUCGUUGCUCAAAAUGCUUGACAAAGAA